AUUUACGUACAAUAUCAACAACUCUUGUUUUACACCGUGCCCUUCAUUGUGCGUCAUCCGUGAGUUUUACAGGUGUGUCAUCCGGACCAUCACACAGGUGUGCACAGAUUAAAUACUGAACCUCGAAGAGUGAUACGGUUGGAAAUGGAAGUUCCGGAGGAACUUAUGGUAUGCGGAUUUUGUCAUAAUAAUUUAGAGUUUCCUAAACUUUUACCAUGCCUACACACAGUGUGCGGAAACUGCCUAAAAACAAAGCGAGAAAGUCUAACGGAAUGUUCAUCCUGUCAGCAGCCAAUAGAAGGCAUAGAAACCGUAUCUACACUACCAGACGAUAAAUUCAGCAGCAGUCUUAUCGAUUUCGCUAAAAUCUCCAACGAACCUGUAGAGGAAGGCACUGAAUCUCUGUCAAAGAUGUUGGAGGAGCUAGAAAUUCAGCAAAAUGAAGCGAAAAUCGACCUUAAAAAGCUGAAACUUCAGUCAGAGGAGGCUGAUUUCAAUGCACGUAAAAACGAAAGGGGAUUUCUCAGAGUGAAAGAAAAUGCUAAGAAGGAAAUAAAGAUGAAAAUUGAGGAUCUUAGGAAUCGAUUUGACAAGUAUCUACAAGAAAAAGAAACCACACUGAUGGAAGAACUGGAUAGAGAUCUGAAUGAUGAAGAGUUCGAUUCUUCUCAGUCUGUUAUUUGGAUCCGUUCGGUGAUGGGGUCAAUUGAAAACAAGGAAGAAUUACUGGAGAAAUGCGACUUACAGUCUAUAAAGUCACUACCCAAAGCGACGGCGUACAGGAAAGUCUUAAUGGAAAUGAAAGACCACAUGUCGCAUCUCGACAGCUCUAUCUCAAGAAAAAAUCCCACAGAGCUGGAAGUUACUUUUGAGUAUAGUCCGGAAAUUGAAGAAAUAUUUAGUAAACCGAUCGGCAGUAUUGAGGUUCGAAAAUCGGGAAAAAUCAAAAUGGAGGAACACCAAAGAUUGAGGGUUAGUUUGCCACCUUCAGCACCACCAGAAUUUAACAAUACUCCGUACAAAAAUGCCGUGUACCUGAGGACCUUCCCCUCGCUCCUACCGGAGGAUAGCAAGGGAUACGUGGUGGGAAUAGCGUGGGUGCCGACUGACCGCCUAGUUCUCGUCGACAAGUGGAACAUGAAACUGAAGUUGUAUCGCGAUAGUGGACAUCUCAUCAGCGUGAUGAACUUUGCCGGGGGUGAACCGACGGACAUUGUGUACACCAAGGGCACAGAGGUCCGCCAGUUAUGCCUUGUCGCCAUCCCAAAUGGACGACUCAUUCUGCAAGUGGCUGUGGAGGAUAGUAACAUGAGGGUUUCCAGUCGCAUUACAACAGCGACAGGGUACUCCAGCAUCGCAUACGAUAAGACGUGUUCUAGACUCAUCUGCGGAGUCUGUCAACCCUAUGGUAGUCCAAGAAUUGACAUCGUCAGUUCCAACGGGGCAGUGGAAUUCACCAUUGCUACCGACCUACGACUCCGACCUCUCUUCAUCUGUCCGCGGUCUGUUGACAUUUUAAUGGGUGUCGUUGUAGGGUGCGAUUGGCAGAAAAACCGCGUUGUGUUCAUUGCGCGAGAUGGCUCCAUUCGCGGGUCGUAUUACGGAAGUCCGGAAUCCCCGCUCUUGAAGCCUGUCGGUACGACUCUGGACGGUAGAGGGCAUCUCUUGGUGGCAGAUUGCAAAAGAAAUAAGAUUCACAUCGUAUCGUAUUCCGGCGAUCAUUUAGGAAGCUAUGAUACGUGUAAUGAAGUGGAGGAGCCGCGUGAAAUUAAUUUGAUAGCAAACGAAAACUCGGCAAAGUUGGCAAUCUCGCAUGGCGCGGGAUAUGUUAGUAUCUACCAGCUUACCGACACAUCCACGGAAAAAUCAAAUGCAUGGUGACCAUUAGAAAGAGUGCUGUACCCGGCGCGUGAAAUGAGUGAACUGUGUAAAGGGAUUUCCAAAUUAUCAUAUAUAUGAAUAAGUAGAUGUAUAUAUAAUUGACCCCUAUACAAUUGAUAUUCUAUUUCCGUCUUGGUGUAUACGAUACUGGUAGCUGAUUACUGAACACUUCAUAUAACGCAUGGCUAUAUAAGUGUGUACGACAGUAGACAGACAGUACCGCUAUAUAAAACAGUGUAAUAAGUACUAUUGUACUAUUUAUGAUUCAUUAGAGAGCACAUACCAUCAUUAAAAAUAUCUAUGUAUCAGUACAUCAAUUACGUUUGUAAAAUUAAUUGUGUUCAAAUUGAUUGCAAUAUCAAUUCUAGGAGUCUGGCCAUGAUUUAACUAAAAUCAUAUGAAAUCAAUAUACACGUGUUAUACAGGAUGAUAUUACACAGUAUACAUGUACAUGUAUGUUAUGAUGUAACUAUAAAAUCCUGUAUUGCAUUACGCAAGCGAUAGAAUAUACCACACUCGUAAUUGCAUAAAUAUGAUUGUGUUUAUAAUA